UUAGCUGUCAACACCCGAGCGCUUUACGUCCCUGAGUAGCGAGCAGAGCGCUCCAGGCAGCCCUUGAAACGUUUUUUCCGUACAACAUGGCGGCUCCCGUUGACUGUUAGAAAAGGAGAUUUGUUUUUUCCUUUGCCCUGAAAGGAGUGUCUUUCAGGACCACUGUUUAGAUGGGUGCUGUUUCAUGAAGCAAGUCUGGGAAGGCGGGGUGCACUUUUCUGACAAGGGAGGCGGCGAGGAAGGAUGUCUGUGGUGCGUGAGCUAUCGCCAGGAUGGUUACUGGAUCAUCUUUCUUUCAUUAACAAGAUAAGUUAUGAACUUCACCAGCAUCAUGAGCCUUGUUGCAGUAAAAAUGAGCCUACUUCUUCUGUUCACCUUGAUACUCUUCACAUGGACUCUAUGUCCUCUUUUGGAGCCUCUGCUACCUGUAUUGCUUCUACCACUAAGCCAGAAAAUGAUGAUGGAGGAAAUUGUGAAAUGUUCAUACAAAAAUAUGUUUUUCGAUCUGAACUGUUUGAUGUCACCAAACCUUAUAUAACUUCUGCUAUUCACAAAGAAUGCCAACAAAGUAAUGAAAAGGAAGAUCUAGUAAAUGAUGUUAAGAAAGAAAUCUCCAUUUCUGUUAAUGGGAAGAAGCGUAAGAGAUGUGUUGUUUUCAAUCAAGGUGAAUUGGAUGCUAUGGAAUACCAUACAAAGAUCAGGGGGCUGAUUUUGGAUGGAUCUUCACAGUUAAUCCAAGAAGGUCUCAAAAGUGGCUUUCUUCAUCCACUUUAUGAAAAAUGGGACAAGUAUAGUGAGCCCAUUACUUUACCACUUGAUACCUGCAAUUUGUCAGAAUUAUGUGAAAUGGCAAAGCAUUUGCCUUCUCUGAAUGAAAUGGAACUUCAGACGUUACAAUUGAUGGAAGAUGAUAUAUCUGUUACAGAGCAGGAUUUACUUUCACGGAUUGUUGAAAACAACUCUAGCUUUACAAAAAUGAUUACUUUAAUGGGACAGAAAUACCUGCUGCCACCAAAAAGCAGUUUUCUUUUGUCUGACAUUUCUUGCAUGUACCCGCUUCUGAGCUGUAAGAAAACAUAUGAUGUAAUUGUGAUAGAUCCACCAUGGCAGAACAAAUCAGUUAAAAGAAGUAACAGAUAUAGUUAUUUAUCACCACUGCAAAUAAAGCAGAUACCUAUCCCUAAGCUGGCUGCUCCAAACUGUCUUGUUGUUACUUGGGUGACGAAUAGACAGAAGCACCUACGUUUUGUUAAGGAAGAACUUUACCCUUCUUGGUCUGUGGAGAUAGUUGCUGAAUGGCACUGGGUAAAAAUCACCAGUUCAGGAGAGUUUGUGUUCCCAUUAGAUUCUCCACACAAAAAGCCUUACGAAGGUCUUAUACUGGGAAGAGUUCGAGAAAAAGCUGCUUUACCAUUAAGGAAUGCAGAUGUAAAAGAGCUCCCCAUUCCAGAUCACAAGUUAAUUGUCAGUGUGCCCUGUACGCUUCACUCACAUAAGCCACCUCUUGCUGAGGUUCUAAAAGACUAUAUCAAGCCAGAGGGGGAAUGUUUGGAAUUGUUUGCUCGAAAUUUACAGCCAGGUUGGACUAGUUGGGGCAAUGAAGUUCUCAAAUUUCAACAUGUGGAUUAUUUUGUUGCCCUGGAGUCUAAAAGUUGACUAUGUUCUUAAAAUUGUGUUUUUCUUCAGUUUUUCCUCACUCCUUCUCUGUUCAUUCUAAUAGAUUUUUCCUUUUAUUACCAACCAGUAUGCUUAGAGAUGUAAACAGGACUUGGUUUUUCAGCAAAAUGAUUAGAAGUGACUAGCUGUCAUAUAAUUUUGAGAUGAAUUUUACUUCAGUUGCACUAGUAUUUCACAUUAUUCUGGGCUCUACAAAUAAAGAGGUAAGCAGUUAGAACGAUGGCAAGACUUUGUUACUGAAAAAGUUCAGAAAGCAUGCACUAUGGACCUGAAAUCACAAUUCUAUAUAUGGGUGUGUUUUGUUUGGCCCAUAUGGUGUUGUAAAAAAAAUUGGAGCCAUCAUUCUAAAAAAUCAGGAAAUUUCACAUAAUAAGUCCAUAUUUCUGCCUUUCUUUAAACGUCAGAAACUCUGGCUACACUGCAGCCUGUGUUCUUUCCUGGCAUCAGUCUGUGGGACCCAGUGGUGGCAGCUUAUUUGGGAAGGGCCAUGUACUCUCCAGUUUACCACAGUAACCCUUGUCCCAUGCCACUCACUUAUAUUGUAUUCCUGACCCCUGUACAACCUGAAUUUAGAACAUCUAGUAUACUGCUACAUUCUGGAAAAUGUAUUCAAAGACCUGCUAAGUACUGCAUCAUUGUAUUGAGUUCAUGAAACAUUUUUUGGAGGGUUUUAAAUUUCAUUCAGGGUCACUUUUCAAUUACUUUUUAGUUUUGCUUGUUUUUCUAGAAGAAAAAUAAAUUCUUAAUAAUGUCAGAAAGUAAACACUGCUUGGACUUAAUUGAUAUUUAUAGAACAUUCCAUCCAAAAGCAGCAGGAUACACAUUCUUCUCAAGUGCACAUGGAACAUUCUCCAGGAUAGAUCACAUGCUGGGCCACAAAGCAAACCUUGGUAAAUUUAAGAAAAUUGAAAUCAUAUCAAGCAUCCUUUCCAACCACACUGCUAUGAGAUUAGAAAUCAACUACGAGGAAAAAACUGUAGAAAACACAAACAUGGGACUUCCCUGGUGGUGCAGUGGUUAAGAAUCUGCCUGCCAAUGCAGAGGACAUGGGUUCAAGCCCUGGUCCGGGAAGAUCCCACAUGCUGUGGAGCAACUAAGCCCAUGUGCCACAACUACUAAGCCUGCAUUCUAGAGCCCAUGAGCCACAACUACUGAGUCUGUGUGCCACAACUACUGAAGCCCGAUCACCUAGAGCCAGUGCUCUGCAACAAGAGAAGCCACCACAAUGAGAAGCCUGUGCACUGCAACGAAGAGUAGCCCCUGCUCACUGCAACUAGAGAAGGCCUGCAUGAAGCAAUGAAGACCCAACACAGCCAAAAAUAAAUAAAUAAAUAAGUAAAUAUUUGGAAAAAAAACCCCACAAACAUGUGGAGGUUGAACAAUGUUACUAAACAACCAAUGGAUCACCUAAGAAAGAGGAAAUAAAAAAAUACUUAGAGACAAAUGAAAACAAAAACAUGACAAUACAAAACCUUUGGGAUACAGCAAAAGCAAUUCUAAGAGGGAAGUUUAUGCCAAUACAAUCUUACCUCAGGAAAUGAAAAAUCUCAACUAAACAACAUAACCUUACACCUAAAGCAACUAGAGAGAAAAGAACAAACAAAACCCAAAGUUAGUGGAAGGAAAGAAAUCAUAAAGAUCAGAGCAGAAAUAAAUAGAGAUGAACAAAACAAUAGAAAAGAUAAGUGAAACUAAAAUCUUGUUCUUUGAAAGGAUAAACAAAAUUGAUAAACCUUUAGAUUCAUCAAGAAAAAAGGGAAAGGGCUCAAAUCAAUAAAAUUAGAAGUGAAAAAGGAGAAGUUACAACUGACACCACAGAAAUACAAAGGAAUCAUAAGAGACUACUACAAGCAACUAUAUGCCAAUGAAAUGGACAACCUGGAAGAAAUGCCCAAAUUCUUAGAAAGGUACAAUCUUUCAAGACUAAACCAUGAAGAACAGACCAAUCACAGACCAAUAUGAACAGACCAAUCACAAGUACUGAAAUUGAAACUGUGAUUAAAAAACUUCCGACAAACAAAAGUGCAGGACCAGAUGAAUUCUAUCUAUCACAGGUGAAUUCUGUCAAACACUUAGAAAAGAGUUAACACUUAUCCUUCUGAAACUAUUCCAAAAAAUUACAGAGGCAGGAAAACUCCCAAACUCAUUCUGUGAGGCCACCAUCGCCCUGAUACCAAAACAAGACAGAGAUACUACAAAAAAAGAGAAAAUUACAGGUCAAUAUCAUUGAUGAACAUAAAUACAAAAAUCCUCAACAAAAUACUGGCAAACCUAAUCCAACAAUACGUUAAAGGGUUCAUACACCAUGGUCAAGUGGGAUUUAUCCUAGGGAUGCAAGGAUUUUUCAAUAUCCUCAAAUCAAUUAGUGUGGUACACCACAUCAACAAACUGCAGAAUAAAAACCAUGUGAUCAUCUCACAAUAGAUGCAGAAAAAGCUUUCAACAAAAUUCAACACCCAUUUAUGAUAAAAACUCUCCAGAAAAUGGGCAUAGAGGGAACCUACCUCAACAUAAUACAGGCCAUAUAUGACAAACCCACAGCUAACAUCAUCCUUAGUGGUGAUAAGCUGGCCGCAUUUCCUCUAAGAUCAGUGAGAUCAGGCUGACAGAAUUUCCUCUAAGAUCAGGAACAAGACAAGGAUGUUCACUGUCACCACUUGUAUUCAACAUAGUUUUGGAAGUCCUAGCCAUGGCAAUCAGAGAAGAAAAAAACCCCCCAAAACCAAAGAAAUCCAAAUUGGAAAAGAAGUGAAACUGUCACUGUUUACAGAAAAUCCUAAAGAUGCUACCAGAAAACUACUAGAGUUCCUCAAUGAAUUUGGUAAGAUUGCAGGAUACAAAAUUAAUACACAGAAAUCUGUUGCAUCUCUAUACACUAACAAUGAAAGAUUGGAAAGAGAAAUUAAGGAAACAAUCCCAUUUACCAUUGCAUCAAAAUAAUAAAAUACCUAGGAGACAAAAGGCCUGUACUCUGAAAACUAUAAGAUGCUGAUGAAAGAAAUGGAAUAUGAUACAAACAGAUGGAAAGAUAUACUGUGUUCUUGGAUUGGAAAAAUCAGUAUUGUCAAAAUGGCUAUACUACCCAAGGCAGCUACAGAUUCAUUGCAAUCCUUGUCAAAUUACCAAUGGAAUUUUUCAUGGAACUAGAACAAAAAUUUUAGAAUUUGUAUGGAAACACAAAAAACCCCUAAUAGCCAAAGUAAUUCUGAGAAAGAAAAAUGGGGCUGGAGGAACCAGGCUCCCUGACUUCAAACUAUACUACAAAGCUGCAGUAAUCAAAACAGUAUGGUGCUGGCACAAAAACAGAAAUAUAGAUUAAUGGAACAAGAUAGAAUGCCUAGAAAUAAACCCAUGCACCUAUGGUCAAUUGAUCUAUGACGAAGAUGGAAAGAAUAUACAAUGGAGAAAAGACAGUCUCUUCAAUAACUGGUGCUGGGAAAACAGCUACAUGUAAAAGAAUGAAAUUAGAACAUUCUCUAACACUAUACACAAAAAUAAAAUGGAUUAAAGGCCUAAAUGUAAGACCAGAUACUAUAAAACUCUUAGAGGAAAACAUAGGUGGAACACUCUGACAUAAAUUAUAGAAAUAUCUUUUUGUAUCCACCUCCUAGAGUAAUGAAAAUAAAAACAAAAAUACACAAAUGGGGCCUUAUUAAACUUAAAAGCCUUUUCACAGCAAAGGAAAUCAUAAACAAAAUGAAAAGACAACCCACAGAAAGGGAGAAUAUCUUUGCAAACAAAGUGACCGACAAGGGAUUAAUCUCCAGAAUAUACAAAUAGCUCAUGCAGCUCAAUAUCAAAAAAACAAAAACAACCCAAUCAAAAAAUUGGCAGAAGAUCUAAACAGACAUUUCUCCAAAGAAGACAUACAGAUGGCCAAAAAAACAUGAAAAGAUGCCCAACUUUGCUAAUUAUUAGAGAAACGCAAAUAAAAGCUACAAUGAGGUAUCACCUCACACUGGUCAGAAUGGCCAUCAUCAAAAAGUCUACAAACAAUAAAUGCUGGAGAGGGUGUGGAGAAAGGGGAACCCUCCUAUGCUGUUGGUGGGAAUGUAAAUUGGUACAACCACUAUGGAGGACAGUGUGGAAGUUUCCUUAAAAAACUAAAAAAAUUAAUAGAACUACCAUAUGAUCUAGCAAUCCCACUCCUGGGCAUAUAUCUGGAGAAAACCAUAAUUCAAAAAGAUACAUGCACCCCAGUGUUCAUUGCAGCACUGUUUACAAUAGCCAAGACAUGGAAGCAGCCUAAAUGUCCAUUGACAGAGGAAUGGAUAAAGAAGAUGUGGUAAAUAUAUACAGUGCAAUGUUCCUCAGCCAUAAAAAAGAAUGAGAUAAUGCCAUUUGCAGCAACAUGGAUGGACCUAUAGAUUAUACUAAGUGAAGUAAAUUGGACAGAGAAAGACAAUGAUAUCACUUAUAUGUGGACUCUAAAAAGAUGAUACAAAUGAACUUAUAUACAAAACAGAAAGACUCAUUGUUUUCAAAAACAAAUUUAUGGUUACCAAAGGAGAAAGGUGGGGGGAGGGAUAAAUUAGGAAUUUGGGAUUAAGAGAUACACACUACUUUAUAUAAAAUAGAUAAUCAACAAAGACCUACUCUCUAGCACAGGGGACUAUACUCAGUGUUCUGUAAUAAUCUAUAUGCAAAAAGAAUCUGAAAAAGAAUGGAUAUAUGUACAUAUAUAACUGAACCACUUUGCUAUACACCUGAAACUAAUACAACAUUGUAAAUCAACUAUACCCCAAUAUAAAAUAAAAAUUAAAUUAGAAAAUAAAAAUUAAAAGAAAGUAACUACUGCUCAUGAUUGUGAAAAUUUUUUUAAUAUUAUUUCCAGAUUUUCUACAAAUAAAUAUUUGUUUACUAAGUAAAAUAUUUUUACUGAAAUGGUUCUUUGAAAAGCAUGCUGAUUUAUUAUAUAUAAGCUUUAAAAUUUUUUUGAGGUAUACUUUUCACAUAAUAAAAUUCUCCAAUUAUCAGUGUCGAAUUCAAUGAGUUUUGAAAGCAUACAUAUAUAUCUACCACCAUAAUCAUGAUAUAGAACAUUUCCUUCAUCCCCCAAAAUUGAUAUGUCCUUUUGCAGUCAGUCCCAUCCUCCCACCCUUGGCCCUUGGCAAAUGAUUUGUUUUGUAUCAUUAGUUUUGCUUUCUUAGAAUUUCAUAUAAAUGGAAUCAUAGAAUAUUUAAUCUAUUGUGUUUGGCCUUUCACUUACAGUUUUGAGAAAAGAGUUUAUUUAUAGAUUUUCUACAAAUAUUUAUCUACUAAGUAAAAUGUUACAUUGAAAUGAUUAUCUGUCAAGUUUGCCAAUUUAUUUACUGAUUUUGCCAAAUAAAAUUGUUAUUUUUGAA